UACAUGUACUGUAGACAAUAUAAAUACAAAUAUAAUGCAAAAGAACCAUUAAUCACCGGUGGGGAUCAAGUCAACAUGUUGUGGUUCAGUUCGUCUCUGGCCGUAGGGGCGCAAUAGCUUAUUUAGUAGAAACAUAGUCGUUAUAAAUUUGUGUAUGCGCGAAGACAGUUGGAGAAAUCUAAGAGAUCUUUCCCGAAAAUAAUUAAAAUUUUGUGAAGUGAAAGAGUGAAAAGCCAUGUGGCUGUACAUAUUCAUCGCGCUUGCCCUCGCGCUGGCCUGGGCCUACACGCGCUGGGCCAAGGUCAAACGCUUCUGGGCUGACCGCGGCGUACCACAUCUGCCCAUCCAUCCCAUAUACGGAAGCCUCGACUUUUUAACACAAGAAAAUCCAGGGUCAUGGAUGCGAAGAAUGUACGAGCGGUACAAGGGGCCCUACGUGGGCAUGUGGCUGUUUUGGAGACCAGCUCUGAUCAUCAAUUCCCCUGAAAUCGCACGCAGAGUCCUUGUCAAAGACUCGGACAACUUCAGGAACAGAUUCCUGGGAACGGGGAUCUCAAAAGGGGAUCCCAUUGGAGGUCUCAAUCUUUUCACUACAAAUGAUCCGGCGUGGAGCAUGAUCCGGCGCCGCCUGACGCCCGUGUUCACGUCCUCGAAGCUGAAGAGCAUGAACGGCCUGAAGCUGGCCAAGUCCAAGGAACUGGCGCAGAGAAUUCACAACGAUAUGGUGGCAAAGAAAGACAUUGAAAUCAGAACUAUGUUCGCAGACUUUACAACGGACAUUAUAGGCAUCGCAGCCUUCGGAGUAGACAGCAACGCCACGCUCACUGGCGAGAGUUCUAUUAGGACCAUCACCAAAGAUUUCAUGGAGUACGACUUCAUCAGAGGGUUGAGCUGGUGCAGCAUUUUCUUCUUCCCCGAACUCGUGAAUAUUUUCAGGUUCCGGUUUUUCCCGAAGCACACGACCGACUACUUCCGAAGGGUGUUCCGCUCGAUGCUGGCGCAGCGCGGCGGCUACGAGGGCAAGCGCGAGCACAACGACCUCCUCGACGCGCUGCUGCGGAUGAAGCACGAGGCCGAUCUCAACGGGGAAGUAUUGGACGAAGAUGUCGUCAUAGCGCAAGCGAUGAUAUUCAUCCAGGGCGGUUUCGACACUUCAGCAGUGUCCCUCAGCUUCCUGACCUACGAGCUGGCUUUCCAGCCUGAGAUACAGGAUAAACUAUACAACGAGCUAUUGGAAGCAAAGGAAAAGAACGGUGGCGACGAAAAUAUGGAUGGAACUAUUCUGUCUGAGCUCACCUACAUGAACUGUAUUAUUAAAGAAACUCUCAGAAAGUACCCAGCAAUGGGCUACCUGGAUCGGAUCGCCGCCCGGGACUACGAGAUCGACGAGAAGCUGACGAUUCCCGCCGGCACCACCAUCUACGUCAACGCCGUGGGCAUGCACUACGACCCCGACUACUUCCCCGACCCCAUGAAGUUCGACCCCGACCGGUUCCUGCCCGAAAGGGAACACGAGAUCAAGCCGUUCACCUACAUGCCGUUUGGAGAGGGGCCCAGAAAUUGUAUCGGAAUGCGCUUCGCACAACGAGUUAUGUGGCACGCCCUAUCGUCCCUCUUCCUCAAGUACUCCGUCAGACCCAAGCCCAACGCGAAGAGGCCGGAGCAGAUCCAGCUCGAGAGGAAGGCGCUGUUCCUCAUGCCUGAAGACGAACUGUACGUUGACUUUAUACCGAGGAAAUAAAUUGAUUUCUUUCAUUAA